AACAUGGCGACGCGCUCAGACGCCAGGCACGAAUUAAACACUGAAAACACACAGGGCACUGAAGGGAUGGAGAAGAUCAUUGGGGUCUGUGGUUUAGAGGCCAGAGGACUGGUUGAAGGGAGCAGUUCACCUCCGGAUGUGGAGACCCUGUCCCAGGAUAACAUGGUGGAUUUUGCGGGCCUGGUGAGCAGUGAGGAGGAGAGAGGGGAGACGCCAGGACGAGAGGACAGCACCCCUGACCCCCUCGAUGUGGAGCUGGAUCCUAACGUUGAGAAAACCAAGGACCAAAAGGAAUUUGGUAAAGAGGUUUUGUUGCUGAUGCAGGCGCUUCAUACCUUAGCCACUCCAGAAGAGAAACUUGCUGCCCUUUGUAAGAAAUAUGCAGACCUGCUGGAGGAGAGUCGCACCAUGCAAAAGCAGGUGAAGCUGUUGCAGAAGAAGCAGAACCAGGUGCUGAAGGAGAAGAUCCACCUGCAGAGCGAGCACAGCAAGGCCGUCCUGGCACGCAGUAAACUGGAGAGCCUGUGCAGAGAACUUCAGCGCCAUAACAAAACCCUGAAGGAGGAGAACGCUCAGAGGUUCAGAGAGUAUGAGGAGCGACGCAAGGAGGCAACUCUGCACUUUCAGAUGACGCUCAAUGAGAUCGAGGCUCAGAUGGAGCAGCACAACUCUCACAACAGCAAACUGCGCCAGGAAAACAUGGAGCUGGCCGAGAAACUCAAGAAGCUCAUUGAGCAGUACGAACUCCGGGAGGAGCACACAGACAAGGUGUUCAAACACAAGGAGCUUCAACAGCAGCUGAUGGACGCUAAACUCCAGCGGACAGCCGAGCUGAUGCGAAAGGUGGAGGAGAAACAGCAGAGAGAACGAGAGUUUCUCUUGAAAAAUGCAACGGAGUCGAGACACAAAUGUGAGCUAAUGAAGGAGCAAGAGCAUCAGCUAAAGCAGCAGCUUACUUUGUACAUGGACAAGUUUGAGGAGUUUCAGACGACUCUCGCUAAGAGCAACGAGGUCUUCACCACCUUCAGACAGGAGAUGGAGAAAAUGACGAAGAAGAUCAAGAAGCUUGAAAAGGAGACUACGCUAUGGAGGACCAAAUGGGAGACCAACAACCAGACUCUACUGCAGAUGGCAGAAGAGAAAACCGUGCGAGACAAAAAUUACAAGGCCCUUCAAGGUAAACUGGAGCGUCUAGAGAAGCUCUGCAGGGCCCUGCAGCGAGAACGCAAUGACCUGAACCAGAAACUCCGAGCACUUCAGGGCCCGACAAAAGAUCCUGAGGAAGAGGGUACGGGACCUCCUGAUCCCCAGCCGGAGGAGCUGUCCAACCCAGAGCUGGAGAGAGAGGUGGAGGGAGAGGUGGAGAGAGAAGUGGAGGGAGAGAUGGAGGCUUUGGUGCCUGAAACAGAGAAAGUCGGUCUGCAACCUGACGAUUCAAGCAGCACAUCAUCCAGACAGCUUAUUGACGACUGAGCCUGGCCUUCUGGUGGCCUUUCUUUUUUUUGUGGAGGUAUCUAUUUUUGUCUAACAGCUAUUAUCAUAAAGUUUGAGGAAAAAGCAGGACAUUAGUGAAGACGCUAACUGCUCUAUACGUUGAUAAUCCGCUUUGUGGCGAGCACUUUUAACUCCCUAUUUUCUAUCACAUUGUAUUUUCGUAGGAAACGGUCAUGUGGUCCAAGGCGGCCGCCAUGCAGCUUUGUUUCGUAUGUUUUCGUUUUUUCUUCCCCGAUUCUGUCGUCGGCUCUUUCCUGCUCAGCUGUGCUAUGGUUGCACGUUUUGGUUUGGUUUAGUUUGUUUCUCUUUAAUAAAAUGUAGCUCUUCGCUCUGACCUCUAGAAUCUGAAUAAAUCAUUUUGGAUGCAUUUAUAUAUUGUUUAAUUUUGAAAUAAGCGUACAUGGUCAACAAGCUCUAGAUGAGCAGAUAACCUUGAGACUUGAGUAACAGGGCAUUAAUAACAAGAGAAACAGAGGUUAACACACACUCAUCUACUCAUUGGCACUUUGAGUCUGAUCCGACACGGGUCUGUAGUAAGAUUUCUGUUGAUUCCAUUGAACUGGUCUUUAUAGGAAGAUUCACAUCUUGUAAAUUAGAGAGGGGUCAAGACUCCUCACCGCCUGCGGCUGGUUUUCAUUUGGGAAUCUGAUUAAGGGCUAGUAUGACUUUGAAAAAGGCUGCUACAUCUCCAACAAUUAUGUGAAAUAUUAGAACGGGGCCAAAUACUCAUGUCACUUUUUUUUCUUAAGUUUAAGAACUUUCUAUAGGAGGGAGUACAUUUUUGUACCAUGAAAAGUGCAUAUAUUAAGGAUGGUAAAAUUCCACUUGGGUUUGUAUUCAUUAAAAUUCAGUUAAACAUCGCAUUCCUAAGAGGCGCGAUGGUUGCUUUUCUUGAAUCGGGGAUUUUAAACUAGCUGGAUUCAUAGUUUAAUUUGACCAAACCAUUGAAUCGAUCAGCUUUUUCUCCCCAAAAUAUAAUUUUGUUUUCAUUCGUUAAUUUCCCAGAAGCUUUCCUUCAGAUUUUUAGAAAAAGGGCAUAUUUAUUUUGCUGAAAGGAUGAGAUUUAGCUAAGAAUCUCCCUUUUUGUUUGGUUUUAUUUAAUUAAUCCUGAUGAUAACGAUUGUUUGAAUUCAGUUCCUUUUUCUGUUAUUUGCAAUAUUUUAAAUGGUUCAGUUAUAAAAAUCAUAAAAAAGUAGAGUCAGUCUAGGCCGUAUAUACUUGCAAAAUAAAAAAAAGUUUUGUAAUUGAGCAAAAUAUAAUAAAAAUAAAUGCAAAUCUACAAAAACCGCAAAGCAAAGGUUAAUUCUUAAGAAAUAAAAAAUAAUUUUGCUAACAAAAAUUUUAAAAACUGCAAAAGGGAAAGGAGGUUUUAGAAAUAAAAAUGAAAUUUGCUAACAAAAAAAAAACUAUGAGUUAUUUAUGCAAAUAUUUUAGUUUUUUUCACUGCUACUACUAGUUUUAUUAGUAGUUUUAUUAGUUAAACUUAAUUUCCCUUUUGCAGUUUUUUUUAUUUUCGUUGGCAAAAUAAUUUUUUUUCUCAAGAAUUAAUUUUUGCUUUGCGAUUGCUGGAGAUUUGCAUUUAUUUAUUUUUUGCUUAAUACUUAAUUUUUUUUUUGUUUUGUUUGCAAAACUUUUUUAUUUUGCUAAGAAAUAUGGCCCUAGAUUGACUCCAUAAUAAACCAACCAAUGUGACCGUCCAAACCUGUAUGACUGACUUCACAGAAAAAGAGAUUUUUCAACAUAUUUUCUUUUUAUGUCAUACAUAUUUGGAGUAAUAUGAGGCACUUUCAUUUUGUUUUAUAUUUUGGGUGAAUUAGCCAAUUUAGAAUUUUUUUUUCACUCUUAAAUUUGACCCAGAAUUGACUACAAUUAAUUUCAUAUUUUAAAAAGAGGCCUUGACGUGUUUGAUGCUGAAUGUGAUUUCUCUCUUUCAUUUCUUGAACAUUGUAAUGAACAAGAAUAAAGUCUGUAAUUCGAUGCUCAAAUGUUAAAAGAGCUGCAAAGAUUCUCAAUGCUGUUAAUGUGAAACUGUCUGUGGAGAACUCAACUGAACUGAUGAAUGUAGAAGUUGCCAAUCCCAUGUCUACAAACGGGCAGCCCUUUAAGAUCUGAUCAUUCUCACACGUGGACACACAGGGUCUAAAAACACUUGCCAGCCUCCUCAGGUCCAUUCCAGCAUCUGCCACUGUUAAUGUCCUGAUCUGGCCAGUACAUUCCUGAACGCCAAAUCCAACACAUCCUUCAGAUAAUCUACUUGUAGUGGAACUAGGCACAUUUUUGUAAUAAUGUUAUGGAGGCAUACAAGAAACUAUUUUUGUGAGAAACUCGCUUGUUCGAAACAUGGGCUGAAAUAAAAGUCUGAAUGUUUAACUUUGCCAAACUAAAACUCAGCAGAAUGGUAGAUCUUCACCACUUUUCUAAAAUCUUGUACCUCGUUUUAUUUUUCCAUUGUCUAAACUUGCUUCAAAUGAUGGAUAAGAAUGUUGAUGUUUGUUCUAACAGCAUAUGUUUCAUCUUUUCUCCAGAAGUGUGAGCAUUUUUUUGGACACAUCUGUAAUUGGGGCCAUGUUCAUUUGAAAUUGUUGGUGUUUUGGUACUGUCGCUUUGUAUCGCUACUGUUGCUUUUUUUUUUUCCCCCGUUAUGCCCCGGUUCGAUUCUCAGGUUAUGCAAGAAAUCUACCUCUUUAGGUAAGACGUACUGUGAAAGAUGCUCAAGAGAGCUUUUCUUUCUCCCCCAGCUCAGCCCGUGACCCCUCUGAGAUUGUACAACGCUCUUGUAGUUCUGUCUUGCUUUUCAAUAAAAUAUUUUGUAGAAUUUUC